CGCUAGCUAACACCAGUACACCAAGGAACAACGAAGACCGGAAGUAUUGCGUUUACUGGGUAGCUAACGCGUGAAUAAUCGCUACUCAUAGAAUAGCACCAAAGCCACACUAAUGAGUUUGACGGCGUUUCUGUGCCGCAUUUUAUCAUGAAAUGGCUGCUGGUUCCACAGAGAGCAAAUAUAGACUGAAACUUAGCUAGCAUGAUGGCGGACUACAUGUUAGCUAGUUUAGGAUGACCGACGUCCAUUUUAAAGUCAACAUUACCGCACGUUUAGUCUGUACCUACGUUAACAACGCAACGGGGUGGAAUUUAUCCACGUGAAUUAAUGACCCGCUUCGUAUAUCAAUCACACACUAUUUUUAACGAUAUGAAAGCACGCGUGAUGGUUUGAACACCGUGUGCUAGCACAACACGUCCACGGCUAGCUAGGCCCAACACCGUCAAACAAAAAGCGGGGGGUUCUAGUCUGCCAUUUAGCUACACUUGUAUUAAAGGUAAAAGGUUAGCUACAAUCUUAACUUGUCUGUGGGAUCAGAAUUGCAGCCAUUGGCGAGCUGAGACAAUGUUCUUAUAAAAGUGAAAGUAAAGCAUACUGAUCAGUGAUAAACAGGAAGGCCUAACGCCAGUCAUCGUUGCCCAGCACGGUUGACUAGUUAAUCGUCAAUUGGGGUAUUCAGUUCUUGGAAUUAGCCAUUAUUACGUUCAGAACUAUAAUAGUUUUCGCCAAGAUUUUUAGUCGGGCAAUUAAAAUGGAUAAAUUGCUUUCCCAAUUUAUGGCCAUCGCGAACAAUUGCCGAGAUGGUUGAGUAGGACCAGCCUGGUGACAGCAGCGGUGUGGCUGUGAGGAUGGGUGAGUCAGGCUUGGCGCAGAGGGCUAAGGACUGGCUGCGCUCCACUUGGCACGUGCAGGUGCCCUCUGUCUGGGUGGAGGCCUGUGUGGCCUGGGUGCUGCAGGGGGCUGGGGGAGCGCCCGUUUCCCAGGCCCAGGUCAACCGGCAGGCCCUGGAGCAGUGGCUCCUCACGGACCUGCGGGACCUGGCGCACCCCUCGCUGCCCCCGCUGGGACGGGCCCCGAAGGCGGAGCUGAGCGGCAGCUUCUGCGUGCAGAUGGACUCGGCGCUGGACGUGAGCCGCCCGGCCUACUCCCAGCUGCAGCAGCGCCGGGGGGCGGACUGCGCCAACGAGCGGGUGUCGGCGGCGACGCAGGCCACGCAGCGGCCCUGGGAGGCCACGCCCACGCGCGUGCUGAUGCUGCAGCUGACGGACGGUGUGCAGGACCUGGAGGCCCUGGAGUACCGGCCUGUGCCAGCCCUGAGCGCGGACCUCCCGCCCGGCACCAAGCUGCUCCUGCAGGGGGCGCUGGAGUGCCGCUUGGGCGUGCUCCUGCUGACGCCGGCCAACGUGCGGGUGCUGGGAGGGGAGGUGGAGGAGCUCCGGGACAUCCUGUCCCAGACCAGGGUGCUCGCCAGGGUCCUGGGGCUCCCCGAGGAAGACCAGCAAGCGGUCCAGGCCCGGGGGGCAGAGCCAGGCCCCAGGGACGUGGGCGUGUCGGACGAGGAGCUGCUGGCCAGCCUGGAGGCGGUGGCGGACAGCGGGUAUGGCAGCAGGAACGAGCGGCCGCACCCCAGCCCCGCCCCCCAGCGCUCUGUCGCCCCCGCUGAUUUUGAUGAAGACUUUGACGACCUUCCACUGGACGAGCUGGACAGUGUCAUCUUCCAGGAGGAAUACAGCCCCGCCCGGGAGGCGGAGCCUGAGCUAGUGGAGGUGCAGCCUAGAACAAGUGGGGUGGGGCAUGUGCCAGAGGAGUCCAGAACAAGGGGGGUGGGGCAUAGACCAGUGGAGGUAGAGCCUAGAACAAGUGGGGUGGGGCAUGGGCCAGAGGAGUCUAGAAAGAGGAGGGUAGGGCCUGAGCCAGUGGAGGUAGAGCCUAGAACAAGUGGGGUGGGGCAUGGGCUAGAGGAGUCUAGGAAGAGGAGGGUAGGGCCUGAGCCAGUGGAGGUGGUGCCAAGAACAAGUGGGGUGGGGCAUGUGCCAGAGGAGUCUAGAACAAGGGGGGUGGGGCAUGGACCAGCAGAGGUGGAGUCUAGAACAAGGGGGGUGGGGCAUGGGCCAGAGGAGUCUAGAACAAGGGGGGUGGGGCAUGGACCAGCAGAGGUGGAGUCUAGAACAAGGGGGGUGGGGCAUGGACCAGCAGAGGUAGAGCCUAGAACAAGGGGGGUGGGGCAUGGGCCAGUGGAGGUGGAGCCUAGAACAAGGGGAGUGGGGCAUGGGUCAAUGGAGAAGGAGCCUAGAGCAGGGGAGGGUAGGUCUGGGGUGGUGCCUGGGCUGGGCAGUGUGUGUGUUGGUGGUGGGGACAGAGACCCAGGAGCUGACAGGGUGUGUGCAGUGAAACCCAAGAGCAGGGCAGGUGCUGGGCCCGUGGGGCAGGGCGGAGCAGGGGAGGCGUCGUCUCCCCAGGGGGCCUUGGAGGGCGGGGCUGGCGCACUCGCCGCGGCGACGGACUCCAUCACUCCGCCGUUCACCUACCUGUGCGUGCUGGCGAGGGGCAGGGCCAGGCGGGCGCGGGUGAAGGCCUUCAUCAUCACCCUGCAGGGCAGCCUGCGGAGCAGCUCCGGGGCCUGGCAGGUGGGCGCCACCGUGUCGGACGGCACGGGCUACCUGGACGUGCGGCUGUCGGACGGCGUGCUGGCCGGCCUGAUCGGGUUCUCGGUGGCGGAGUCGCGCGCGCUGCGGAAGGAUCCGGAGCGGCAGCACCAGGUGCAGCGGGGCCUGCAGCGCUGCCAGGGCGCGCUGGUGGACAUGUGCUGCCUGAUGACCCUGCAGUACGACCCCGCCGCCGGGACCGGCACCGUCCUGAGCGCCGACCCGGUCACCGCCGACACCUGCAGGGAGCUGGAGAACCGCGUGCGCGGCCGGAACCAGCGCUGACCCAGACCCAGCGCUAACUUAGACCCAGCGCUAACCCAGACCCAACGCUAACUUAGACCCAGCGCUAACUUAGACCCAGCGCUAACUUAGACCCAGCGCUAACCCAGACCCAACGCUAACUUAGACCCAGCGCUAACCCAGACCCAGCGCUAACCCAGACCGAGCGCUAACUUAGACCGAGCGCUAACCCAGACCCAGCGCUAACCCAGACCCAGCGCUGACCUAGACCCAGCGCUAAUUUAGACCCAGCGCUAACCCAGACCCAGCGCUGGCCCAGACCGAGCGCUAACCCAGACUCAGCGCUGAUCCUGACCUAGCGCUAA